UCGGAUAGUCCUCUGUGAUUUCACGCUGUGUUUGGACCCCGUUCCUUUGACUUGUGAGUUGCCUGCCAUCAGUCAACAAGACUGCGGAGGAAGAGUGAUUGACCCUAAAAUCACUUAUCCGCCACAGGAAACUAAGCGCAGAUUCCACUCCCUGUGAAAUAAUACUCACGCCGAGAAGUUGGCAAGAUGUUUAGUCUUGAUGGGAUUCUCGUUUACUUGCUAUCUACUUACAUAUUCUUUCGUGCGCUCCGAAUGGCUGUCGUCGGAAUUUUCGAUCCAGGACAUUAGUGGCACCUUCAGCUGGAUCUUCAUCACAUCGUGUGUUACUGCAGCUGCCACCAUCGUCUUUAGUCCUCGGAGCUGAACCCUCAGGUUCCCUACACUCACAUGCUAAUUGAGGUACAAGCGAGGAGCGUCUCGCUGUUAACUCUCAGUUCAUUUGAGUUCACAUUGCUUUAGCAACACCCGAUUGAAACUAAUGACAGUCAUCUUACCACCCAGAAGACAGGCUCGUAUGCUAAUUAUCGACUGCAUGACUUGUUGUAGUCACCCAUAGUAUACACUGUCUGCAAGCCCGUGUCAAAGAGAACUGGGCAAUAGUUGCGAGACAGCAGGAAAGUGUUUUGCCCUUAACCAGUCUAGGCAUCCGAGCUGCCCAGCUGGGACUCGAAGACACGGGUAUGCCUAGGGGGCCGAUUGCCUCCACUGCAGGUCGGGAGUAUUCCUCAUGUUUCGACCACAGGCAGUGGCCUGUGGUCGAAACAUGAGGAAAUUUACAGUCCCAAGAAAAUGAGGCUCUAUUUCUAUCUACUGAAAGUGGUCAUUUCUGUCUAAUUAGGCGCAAGCUCAAAUGGACUCACUUGGGAGCGUGCGCGCGGCAGUGGGUCGAGCAGCUGAGCACUUGCUGUCCAUUCAACGAACAACAGAGCCCUUCUGGUGUGCCGAAUUCGAGUUCAAUCCAAUUCCCACGUCCAUAUAUAUCGUGCUCGUGCAGGUUUUGGGACUACAUCUCCCAGAAGAGAGGAAAAAAAAAAUCAUAAAUUUCUUCACACAGCGACAGAAUCCAGAAGAUGGAAGCUGGUCGAAUGCAUUCGGUCUCGAGGGAGACAUCUCCUCGACAACAGAUGCCUACCUAGCGCUCACGAUCCUCGGACUAGAUGCCGACGACAGCGUUCUAAGCAAGGCCAAGUCAUUCAUACUGGCCAAGGGCGGCCUGUCCCGGGUCAGAGUGUUCACUAAGAUAGCCCUGGCUCUCUUCGGAAUAUUUCCCUGGACUGCACUUCCAAUGUUUCCAGCUGAGAUGAUACUCAUACCAUCGCAGCUGCCCGUGAGUCUGUACAGGUUCUCCAGCUGGGCUAGAUCCGCUACAGUUCCCCUGCUAGUGAUCAAUCAUCACCGACCGGUAUACAAAUUGCCGAACGAGGCCUGCCACCAAAUGAUGAUGGAGCUAUGGCUCCCCCACGAAGGCCGAAAUGUGCCUCAUCUUCCACCAGUGAGGCAGAUCAUGUGGAAAAACGGCAUAAGCUGGAAGAGCUUCUUCAGCCUGAUCGACCCGCUGAUCAGAUUUUAUGACAAACACAAACCGAGCAUGGUCCGAAAGUACGCGAUCCAGAAGUGUAUGAAAUUCAUCGUGGAUCACCAAGAGAAGGAGGGCGACUCUGGUGGCAUUAUUUUUACUAUGGUGUACGCUCCCAUUGCUAUGACCCUGCAAGGAUACUCAUCGGGCUCCAAAGAGAUCAAGAGGUUCGUCCAGGCCAUCGAGCGGUUCAGUUGGGAAACGCACGGCCAGUACAGGAUCCAAGCCAGCGUUGGGCCGGUCUGGGAUACUGCUCUCUCGGUUACGGCCUUGCUAGACUGUGGCUGGAGUCCCAACGACGCACGCAUCGAAGGCGCUGUACGAUGGAUGCUGGAUCGGCAGGUGCUCGUGGAGUACGGCGACUGGAAAAUAUACCGACCAAAGCUCGAGUCUGGAGGCUGGGCCUUCGGGUACUUCAACUCUUGGUAUCCCGAUGUCGACGACACAGCCGCGGUUGUGAUCUCGUUGCUCAAGCAGAGUCCGGACGCAGUUCAGAGUCACAACGUCCAUCGAGCUCUGAGAUGGAUUCUGGGAAUGCAGAACAAAGAUGGCGGCUGGGCAGCGUAUGACGUCGACAAUAAUAAACUUUUCCUGAACGACCAUCCUACCUCGGAUCUGGGUGGACUCUGUGAUCCCAGCACUCCCGAUGUCGCGGGUCAUGUGCUGGAAGUAUUGGGCUUAUAUCUGGAGCUUUCGGAGCAGUACAAGCACACGGAGAUCCAUCGCCGUUUAAGAUCGGAGGCAGAAACUGGCACACGAUUGGGGAUCCAAUAUUUGCGCGACUCUCAGGAGCUUCAAGGAUCCUGGUACGGACGCUGGGCUGUCAACUACAUAUUCGGCACUUGCGGCAGCCUCUGUGGGCUCGCCGCUGUCGGUGUUCCCAUGUCAGAUCCCAUGGUUUCACGAGCCAUCGAGUGGCUAAAAUUCUGUCAAAAUGAGGAUGGAGGAUGGGGAGAAGGGGUAAACACCUACAAGGACAAAAGCCAAAUGGGAAAGGGCAUCGAGUCCACUCCUUCUCAAACUGCAUGGUCGCUUAUGGGACUUCUCGCGUACCUUCCCUCAGAAGACAUGUCGAUCCAAUUAGGAAUUCAAUGGCUGCUUCGAAAUAUUGUUCACCCUUCUGAAGAACCAGAGGAAGCAUUCGAGGGUGGACUGCAGAUUCCUACAAACACCACCACUGGAGGCACGUGGAAUGAGAGGCAUUUCACUGGAACGGGGUUCCCCAAACACUUAUACGUCAAAUAUCACUUGUAUCGACAUUACUUUCCUAUGAUGGCUCUGGGUAGAUAUCUUAGGUCUUCUGAGGCAACUGCAAAAUCAGGAAUUAGUUCCCUUAGCGAUCAGUAAACGUCGUUUUAGCCUCUGCUUCGGCCUUCUCUUUUUAUUACGUAAAUAAAA